GAGCGCUUCCUGCGGCGGUGCUAAACAGACUGCCCAUUACAGCAACGGACAAUUUCACUUAUCGGUGGUGGAAGCAGUAGUCCCAACAAUGGCCUCAGCUCCAGCUCCUAUACAGGGUUACAUCUCCAGUUCUCUGGAGAACAGCUCGAGCCAAAACGCAUCCAGGGAGAAUCUGAAGAUGGAGCCUCUAGCAGAUGUUGCCUUACUGCCAGGAGAAGAGAGAGUGAUAGAUAAAGACCUCAUCUACAUGUGCCCGUUCAAUGGAGCGCUCAAAGGGAAAGUGUUCAUCACCAAUUACAGACUGUACUUCAAGAGCACAGACACGGAUGUCACGGUUACGCUGGAUGUGCCUCUUGGUGUCAUCAGCAGGAUAGAGAAGAUGGGAGGAGCCUCCAGCCGAGGGGAGAACUCGUAUGGAUUGGAUAUCACCUGCAAGGACAUGAGGAAUUUGAGAUUUGCUUUGAAGCAGGAAGGUCACAGUCGCAGAGACAUUUUUGGGGAGCUUUUUAAAUAUGCGUUCCCCGUUUCUCAUGGACUGCAACUCUUCUCAUAUUUGAGUCAGGAGAAGUUUGAUGAGAAUGGCUGGGCAGUUUACAAGGCCGUGGAUGAAUACAGACGUCAGGGUCUACCUAAUGAUAGGUGGAGGAUUUCUUUCAUCAACUCGGCCUAUGAUCUAUGUGACACUUACCCCACCAUCCUUGUUGUCCCAUACCAAAUCCCAGAUGAAGAUUUGCGACGAGUGGCUGCGUUCCGCUCCCGCUGUCGUAUACCGGUGCUGUCAUGGAUCCACAGGGACAAGCAGGCGGUGAUAAUGCGCUGUAGUCAGCCCCUUGUGGGAAUGAGCGGCAAGCGCAAUAAAGAUGACGAGCGCUACCUCGACAUCAUCCGUGAGACCAACAGCACGCCCAAACUCACCAUCUAUGAUGCCAGGCCUAACGUUAAUGCUGUGGCCAACAAGGCCACAGGAGGCGGUUAUGAGGGUGAAGAUGCCUAUCAGAAUGCAGAACUGGUCUUCCUCGACAUUCACAAUAUACACGUGAUGAGAGAGUCACUAAAGAAGCUGAAGGACAUCGUUUACCCCAAUGUGGAGGAGUCUCACUGGCUGUCCAGCCUGGAAUCGACUCACUGGCUGGAGCAUAUAAAGCUGGUGUUGUCGGGAGCAAUUCAGGUAGCAGAUAAAGUGUGCUCGGGCAGCUCGGUGGUGGUGCACUGCAGUGACGGCUGGGACCGCACGGCUCAGCUCACCUCCCUGGCCAUGCUGAUGCUGGACCCAUACUACCGCACACUCGGGGGCUUCCAGGUGCUGAUCGAGAAGGAGUGGAUCAGCUUUGGACACAAGUUCGCCUCGAGGAUCGGUCACGGAGACAAAAACCACGCGGAUCAGGACAGGUCACCUAUAUUCCUACAGUUCAUAGACUGUGUGUGGCAGAUGACCAAACAGUUUCCAACAGCCUUCGAGUUUAAUGAGCAUUUUCUCAUAACCAUCCUGGAUCACUUGUACAGCUGUCGCUUUGGCACCUUCCUCUACAACUGCGAGAGUAUUCGUGAAAACCUUAAAGUUCGGUCAAAGACAGUAUCCCUGUGGUCUCUGAUAAACAGUGAGGCGUCCUCCUAUGUGAACCCCUUUUACACACACGAGUCCAGCCGCGUGCUUUACCCUGUAGCCAGCAUGCGCCACCUAGAGCUCUGGGUGAAUUACUAUAUCCGCUGGAACCCUCGCAUACGGCACCAGGAAAGUCCGGUUGAGCAGCGCUACAAGGAGCUCCUGGCCCUCCGUGAUCAAUACAUGAAGAAACUGGAGGAGCUGCAGCUCUCUGACUCCUCCCCUUCCUCCACCCAUCUGACUAACAGCUCCACCCCAAACGCCGCCUCUCCCAAUCAGCACCUCACCCACCUGCAGACACCUUUCUGAUGUCGCGGACGCACCCCACACAACACGCAGGACGUUUUGUACAUAGCAAAAGUAAUAAUUAUAACGCUGUUAGUAGUGAUGUCGGCGAUAACCAGUAACAGAAACAUAUGCGAUUAUGCAAUAAUGUCACAGCACGGCCUUCAUAGCGCAAAAGUCAGUUGGGGGAGGGGGGGGGGGGGAGACAAGAAGCCUUAAAGACGCAGCGGUGUGUUUUUCUGUGUGUUGCUGGUAAUCGCUCUUCCUAAACCGUGUGAACAGGGAAGAAAUUUCAUGAAGGAUCUGUAACGAGAAUGUGAUGUAUGCUCAAGAUGUCAGUCAGUCUGUCUGUUGUGGUCACAAGGUCGUAUGUGUGAGAAGUGGAUUUGGAAAAGGUGUGAUGAGACUUAAUGACAGGUUAUGAGUUGGUUUUAGUUACUGAGAGCGAGAUGGUAAGUUUUGUACGGUUAAAUUUUGAUAACUAAUUAUACGGUUAACUUCUGUAACUGCCUGGGAAAUAGCAUGCGAUUCAGGAAGAGCUAUUUACUCUCGCAUGUCUGAUUUCCGCUCAGUCUGAUUUCAUGCAGAAGUUGUGAUUUGUCUGUGUUGUAGACUUGGUCGAAUUUGUGACAUGAACUCAAAAGUGUUAGACCACAUAGCAUUUGUCUUGACUAAGUUAAGACACCGCGUGGGUGUUGUUUUAACAUUUCAAGCAUUCAGGGUCUUGUUUGCUCAAAAUUGACGUGCGCAGACUGGGAGGAAAAUGUCCUAAAAUGCUUUGGAUGCGCUCAUAAUACAGAACCAGGGUUUUGGGGCUCAAAAGACCAGUUCUGUGCCUUUUCUAUCUGAGGUGUUCUGCAACCUCAAGUAGACAUUUUAUAAGCAAAAAACGAUUGUUUUUCUGCAGGCGGCAUCAGUGGCAAUGAAGGAGGAAUUUCUUCUGGCUUCCAUUUCUGAUCUACAGGGUCACUCUCCAGGCACCGUGCACCAAUGACUUUGAGUUAAGUUCUAAUAUACAGAAAGUACAAUCGGCAUGGAGUCGUCAGCUUGUGUUCAGGUGACAUCCUGUGGACAGAAGCUGCAUAUAGUCCAUUAGAGCUAAAACUAAGCUAGUGAUUUGGGAGAAGCUGCCCUUUUGAGCUGUUCCAGUGUCAGUAUUAUCUGUCGCAAAAGCUCAGCGCUGAGACCGAGCAGCUCGGUAGGAGCAGCUCAUCAGGGCACCUGAGUGCCAUAACUAAUGCUGCCUCAGAAGAGCUGACCUUUUGAAGUCUUUGGCCUCAAUGAGGAGAUGAAGUUUAAACCAUAUUAUGAGAAAAAAAAACAAACGCAAAACACUUUGUUGUUGGUUGUGUGUUUUUUUGGGGGGGCGGGGAGAAUCUAUUUUUUAUUGUAUACAAGCACCAUAAUGAUCUAAUUACCUCAACAAAAGCCUAUUUUACUGUUGGAACUUCUAUUGUUGUAAAAUAUAAUUAUUUUAUUCACUGUAAAAUUUGACGCUUUUAUAAAAAAAAAAAAAGAGUAAUAAGAGGAGAUUUGAUUGGUCAAGCUGUCGGUAAUUAGUGGACGUCAUAUUUCUUUACGGGGGAUUUAGAUUUGCUUUCUACCAUUAAUAUAGAUGAGAGAACAAUGUCCGAAUUUUGUUUAAUUGUACUGCGGUUUCAUUCUCAAUCUAUUUGCUGUGAGUGUUUAAAACUGAGUGAAGGAGUGUAUGAUGUUUCUUUACUUUUUUGUGGCAUGGGGGGUAUUGUCAGACAUCUUUAGCCUUUUAGGGAUCCAUCUUUUUUGUUUAUUUUCUCCCUCAUGUAUACUCCACUGUUUAAUGACUGCCUCUUGUUCUGUAAAUAAUGCUGAUUAAAUUAAUUUAAAGAUUUUUA